AUGCUAUAUGUUAUAGUAGCUUUACACAGUGGUUCCAUCACCAUCGUGCAGUUUGUUUGGCACAUUGCUAACGGUCCAGGAGGUAAUCCAAUCAGGCUGGCGAAUGGAUCGAGUAACUGUUGUGGUCGAGUGGAGAUCCAGCACGAUAGGCUUUGGGGAACAGUGUGUGAUGAUGACUGGGACUUAAAGGAUGCAGAGGUGGUGUGUAGACAGCUUGGAUGUGGUAAAGCCGUCAGCGCUCCUCAUGGUGCACGCUUUGGUCAGGGGAGUGAACCGACCUGGCUGGAUAAUGUUCAGUGUACUGGAACUGAGAGCUACAUAGAUCACUGCUCACACCGUGGAUUUGGAAAGGAGAACUGUGGACAUGGGGAAGAUGCUGGAGUCGUAUGCUCAAACUUGCAGGCUCCCACAUUGACUCGGAUCUCCCCAAGCUCUGGGGUCUCACCUGGAGAAGUCCUUCAGUUCAGAUGUACCACACCCAGCCCAACGUGCACCUCUGUAGACUUCAGUUUAUAUAAAAAUGGGACAUUAAUAAAGAACCAAACUGCAGAGUCCACAGCAACAUUUUCGCUGACUGUAGAUGCCUCACAUCAGGGUCAGUACACCUGUGACUACUCAUACAGGGAAAGUAACUCCAUAUCAUCCAGGAGCAGCUCCAUUCCCAUCACUGUGGUGAACUUGCAGCAGCCCAAUAUCUCCUUCCAUGCUGAUGAUGAAGGCUUCCAUCGGGGGUUAAACAGAUGGUUCCAUAGGGAGUCUGAUGGACCAGAAGUGGCAAAGGGCUAUGGCUUCUCCAUCAUCUGCUCCACUGAACCUCAGUAUCCAGGAGGUUCCUUCCACUUGGAGUUCAGUGAAUCCAACAUCACCAGGACUCAGACAUCUGUUAACCACUCAGCCGUCUUCCUUUUUCCUGAAGCAGAUUUUGUCCAUCCGGGAAAUUACAGCUGUACUUAUGAAGUGAACGUGUCUACACGCAUCUUUACCUCCACUGCCACUGAACCCUUGGUCAUUGUUGUGAAAGCAUCUCUGGCUCCCUACAUUGGUGUUGGAGUGACGGCAGGAUUGCUUCUCAUCUUAGUUCCAGUCAUCAUUUGCUUUGUAAAGACACAGAAAGGAUGGAAAUUUCAGCUGGAUAAGAAGAAGGAUUCACAGCGGCCCAAAAACACAUACGAGAGUCCCCAAGGAGAGAUUGAGAUGGAUGAUGUUUAUGAAACCACUUUCUACCAGAAGGAAGAUUCAGAGGAUUCGGAUAAUGACUACCACAAUGUUGAUGCUGAUGAACAAAGAAUGGACAUGAACAAUGACUGAGGAUGAAGAGGAUUCGGAUAAUGACUACCUCAAUGUUGAUGCUGAUGAGCAUAGAAGUAACGUGGACAAUGACUAUGAGGAUGAAGAAAUUUAUGCAAACUGUGUAGCAUAGUGUGAAGAACUAAAAAAGUGUCCAAUAUUCACAGUCCAGAAACAAUAACAUGGUUAAAUGAGGUAAUUUUCCAUCGUUAAGAUAUCAUUAUUGUUAAUUAUACAUGGUUUAAAUUACACACACUUCAGAAUCAGUUUGUUCUUUACUCAUUAAUCUUUUCAGAUGUAACAAGAUUAAAAACUUUUAAUUUAAUUUUCUUACCGGUUUCAUACACAUUUAUGUUACGACUCCUUAACAUUGAAA